GUUUAAGAUCAACUACCUUAUAAUCAUAUUACCUUCGUGGCUCAGCUGAAAGCCGGUUCGAAUUUUCGCUGGUUCUGCAGCAUGAUGCACCAGCAAUUCUCUCUCGAAUGCAGCCAACCACACUCUGUAUACCCAAGCAAUGCUUCCAUGGGUGACGCCGCAACAGGCGUGGCGCGGGGGAAAAGACAUGCGGCCUGUGAUGAGUGCAGAAGCCGCAAGCUAAAAUGCUCCGGAGAGCCCACUGGCUGCACUCGCUGCGUCAAACAAAGUCUCACUUGCCACUACUCCCUACAGAAACAGAUGGGACGGCCUCCCAAGAAGCGUAUGCGAGAAGAUGAAGAUCUAUCACCACCUUUUGGACUCUCAGGGAAUGAUCCAUGGACCAAUAACUCGGAAUUUGCUUCCCUUGUACCAUCAACCAUUGAGUCAGCCGCGACCGCCCCGUCAGACUAUACGGGGCAGACCAACUUCUUUGCGGACGCAAAUAGCAACGUUGACGCCGGGCAAUUCCUCCUUAACAAACCAAUAGAUGCAGCUCCAACGACAGUCAGUCCAUGGCCUGAUUUUUCCAAUGUCUCUUCAUCAGCAGCCAAUCUCUACACCCUUCCACCAGACCUAUCCUUACUCCAGCAGUCCUCUGCCGGCUCGUCCCCGGACUCGGAGGAAUCCGACCGCCAAUGCCCUUGUUUAUCAUGCCUCUACCUCUGUCUCAGCCAUCUGUCUUCUCUCGCCCCAUUCCCGAUCUCCCAUCACAACCUAUGCUCCCUCUACAUCGCAUCCAGAACCGCCCAAGCUGUCAUCCGCUGCCAAAUCUGUCCCCUCCGCUUCACAACAGGCAUGCAGAAUGUCACCUUCACUGGCACCUUAUUAACCGUCAUCGCCGAUACUUGGCUACGUAUAUCCAAAGUCAACGCCGUCGACUUCGGCCGACAAUCGGCACCACCGGCUUACGCCGCAGCAAUUGAUGCCUCCCCCAACCCCACAGAAGGCUGGAAGGGUUGGCUACGGCAAACCGUGCGAUUCCGUGUGCUAGGAGGGCCGUGUGAUCCGGCCGGUAUGCCCCCGGGUGCAGAUGAUGGGCCUAGCCUGCUUGGUCUUAUAGAGGAAAUGGAGGAGCGGCAACGACGUUGGCAUCGCUCGCACCCGCUGCCUGUCGAGGAACGUCACCUUCCUAUACCAAAGACGGACGGGUCCAAGGAGGAGGAAUCGUGCCAUCAGCGGGAUGCGCUGUGUAUGCGCAUCAUUCAGAGCGCGCGCAAUGUCAUCCCGAAGUUUGGUUUUGAGCCAAGUGAUUAUCCGGAUGGUGCGGGUGCCAAGUAGAUCCGGCAUCGUUGAUAAUGACUUUCAUCGAUACAAGGUGACUAUAUGGGUGGAGGGAGCCAUAUUCAUAUUGAAACCGGGGUUCGAUUUAACGGUGCCUAUCUUACGAUUUAUGACAAUCAUACUAUAUCCUCCAAUCUCUAUUUUAGGAGGGACUAGUCUCGUGAAUUUGUGAUAUUACUAGCAAUGUAGAUAGAUCUAGC